GUAUGAAGUGCUUUUGUUUAGUAAAAAACAAAGUUUUUUCUGUUACAGAAGUAUUAAGUUAUUCCAAAUUACUUAGCCAAGUGGGAAACGGAAAUUGGUGAUGUCUCACAAGUUAAAUGAUCUAAAUGUUAUGUAGUGUCUGACAAAACCACUUUUGCGAGCAAGACCUGGUCAAGAACCAAUAUUCUUUUUGAAAAGGUUGACGCCUUUUUUUCAACAUCGUCAGUAAAGCUAUACAUUUGCAAUUUGUUUCUUUUAGUUUUCCAACAAUGCUUUGUGGGCUUUUGAGAAAGCAGACCAUUUGGCUGAGGGGCAAUGGAUUGCGAACUUGUCAAAUCAGCCCCAUGACACGAUGUCUGUCAGGAAUCGUUGGUGGAAGUCACCAUCUUCACAAUUAUGAUCAAGGAUGGAGGUCUCAGGAAAAUCUCUCAGUUUGUUUUAAGCCUUAUAGAUGCUCCAUUGUUCCAUUGUGCAGUCUAUUUGUUUCAGGAUCUUCUCAAAGCAGGACAGUGUACUCUUCCGCUUGCUUGUCUGCAGCAUCUACAGGCAACACAGGUAGUGCUUUUGGCUGGUAUGAAAGUUUGGCAGACACUGCUCCUGUUAACCUUGCAGAGAGCCUGCUGAUUUCCCUUCAUGAAACCUCAGGGAUGCCAUGGUGGGCAAAUAUCGUCUGUGCUACCGUUGCUCUCAGAACAACCGUCACUCUCCCUUUAUCAGUGUAUCAGAUGUACAUACUAGCAAAGGUGGAGAACUUGCAACCAGAGAUUGAUGCAUUAGCUAAGCAACUUCGCUAUGAAGUAUCUGUAUAUGGGAAGCAACAUGGUUGGACUGAUAAAGUUGCCAGAUUCCAGUUCCGAAAGAACUUGAGAAGGAUUAUCUCAGGACUGUACGUGAGAGACAAUUGCCACCCUUUCAAAGCCAGUCUGCUGAUUUGGAUCCAAAUUCCAAUGUGGAUCUUUGUUUCUAUUGCUCUGAGAAAUAUCAGUCUGAAUAGAGCAGACAGUGCAACAGGGGAUGCUGUUCAAAAGCAGCUUACAGAAGGUGGAUUACUCUGGUUUCCCGAUUUAACUAUGCCAGAUUCUACAUGGAUUCUUCCAGUAACUUUGGGGCUACUCAAUUUAUUGAUAGUGGAGAUAUUUGCCCUACGCAAAAUUGAACUAUCAAGAUUUCAGAAGAUUAUAACAAAUUUUAUCCGAGCAGUAUCUAUUGCAAUGAUCCCUAUUGCCAGCACUGUUCCAUCAUCUAUGGCUCUCUACUGGGUCACCUCGAGCUGUGUGGGCUUGGCACACAAUCUGCUGCUACGAUCUCCGGCUCUGCGCAGGGUGUUCAGAAUUCCAAGGUCCAAGUCUGACUCUGACACUCCCUACAAAGACAUACUCUCUGCCUUUGUACUUAAAUACUUUCCAAAGAAAUGAUGUGUAUGUGCUUUUAUCAUUUAGUGUAAAUACUACUAUAAUAUACUAUUUAUAUACUGUUUUGUUUUCUAAGCAAUAUCAAUUGGGGGAAAGGCAAGAUAAUGUGUCCUAUGUUCUAAAUAUAAUAUCAUUGUCCUUGGGUUUUUUUUUUAAUUUUCUGGAUAAUAAAUUAUUCGCCUU